GGUACGAGCUCUACUUCCUGCAUAGGCAUGUUUAUCACAUCCGGCUGCCACCUGUAAGAUGGCGUCUCUCAGUAGGCGGUUUGUGUGGAAUGUCUUUCGCCUUCUAAGGCAGCCAUUUUCAGUUGUCCAAAACAGAUCUUUUUUGGGCCUUUUUAAAGGUUCAUGGCGUCAAGUACUUUCUGUUGGAGUUGGGACAAGUCUCUGUGCUAUUCCUGUGGGGCAGCAGAGGUCAGAGCCAGGAUUAUCAAAUGAAUCCCUCAUAAAAAGGGCCGCAUCUCUGGUAACAGACAGCACCCAGACUUUCCUGUCUCAGACUACAUAUGCACUUAUUGAAUCUCUUACAGAAUAUACCAAGACUGUGUAUGCACUUGUCUCGCUUCAGAAAAAAUAUACUUCUCUUGUGAACAAAUUGAACUCAAAUGAAGAAGGUGCCAUCUGGCAGGUGAUCAUUGGGGCACGUGUGCAGAUGAAGAAUUUGCAGGAUGAAUAUCUGAAGUACGAGGGUAACUGGGCGCGGGCUGUAAGAAUAUCUGAGAUGGCUGCAGAAGCGGCUUAUCUUGCUGGUGCUGAUCAAGCUUCUGUAACAGUGCGGAAUCACAUUCAGCUGGUCCAGACACAAAUACAAGAGACACGUGAACUUGCUCUUAAGGCAGAAGCUUUGCUAGCUGCCUUUCAAUCAGAGGAAAUCAAGAACGAAGACAAAGUCAAUCCUCCUGAUGGGGACAGUCCAAGAAGCAGGGACGGGCCAAUAAGCAGCUUGUCGGACGAAGAGGUCCCAGAAGCUUACUUGCGAGAAGAUUGAAUCUUCUUUUUUUUUUUUUUUUU